CGCCAGCAGGGGCGGGGACACGCAGCGCGCUCGGUCGGUCGGAGGCGGAGCGGCGGUGGCGGCGGUGGUGGCGGGUCAGGCUGCAGGGUGGCAGCCCGCGGCGGGCUCCUGGUAACCGAAGCGCCCCGCAGUGCUGACCCGGCCGCCCGCCGCGGAGCCAUGGAAAUCGGCACCGAGAUCAGCCGCAAGAUCCGGAGUGCCAUUAAGGGGAAAUUGCAAGAAUUAGGAGCUUACGUGGAUGAAGAACUUCCUGAUUACAUUAUGGUGAUGGUGGCCAACAAGAAAAGUCAGGACCAAAUGACAGAGGACCUGUCCCUGUUUCUAGGGAACAACACAAUUCGAUUCACCGUAUGGCUCCAUGGUGUAUUAGAUAAACUUCGCUCUGUUACAACUGAGCCCUCUAGUCUCAAGUCUUCAGACACCAGCAUCUUUGAUAGUAACGUGCCUUCAAACAAGAGCAGCUUUAGUCGAGGAGAUGAGAGACGGCAUGAAGCUGCAGUCCCUCCCCUUGCUGUUUCUAGCUCUAGGCCUGAAAAAAGAGAUUCCAGAGUUUCUACAAGUUCGCAGGAACAGAAAUCCACUAAUGCCAGGCAUUCUUAUGAUGACGGAGCUUCAACCCGGCUAAUGUCAACAGUGAAACCUCUGAGGGAGCCAGCACCCUCUGAAGAUGUGAUCGAUAUCAAGCCAGAACCAGAUGAUCUCAUUGAUGAAGACCUCAAUUUUGUGCAGGAGAAUCCCUUAUCUCAGAAAAAACCUACAGUGACACUUACGUAUGGUUCUUGUCGCCCUUCUAUUGAAAUUUAUCGACCACCUGCAAGUAGAAAUGCAGACACCAGCACUCAUAUAAACAGGCUGCAACUUCAUCAGCAGCAAAACAGUACUCACGCUGCCAAGCAGCUGGAUGUGCAGAGCAGCCAGGUGUACGAAGCAGGACGCUUAUGUGAACCAGAAGUGCUGAGCAGCGUAGACGACACUUACAGCCCCUUCUUCAGAAACAACUUGGAUAAGAUGAGUAUUGAGGACGAAAACUUUCGGAAGAGAAAGUUGCCUGUGGUAAGUUCAGUUGUAAAAGUAAAAAGAUUCAGUCAUGAUGGAGAAGAGGAGGAGGAAGAUGAGGAUUAUGGCUCCCGGAUAGGAAGUUUGUCCAGCAGUGUGUCGGUGCCUGCAAAGCCUGAGAGGAGACCUUCUCUUCCACCUUCUAAACAAGCUAACAAGAACCUAAUUUUGAAGGCUAUCUCUGAAGCUCAAGAGUCUGUCACAAAAACAACUAACUAUUCUGCAGUUCCACAGAAACAGACACUUCCAGUUGCUCCCAGAACUCGAACUUCUCAAGAAGAAUUGCUAGCAGAAAUGGUCCAGGGGCAAAGCAGGGCCCCCAGAAUAAGUCCUCCUGUUAAAGAGGAGGAAGCAAAAGGAGAUGGUACAGAAAAAAUUCAAGGCACUCAGCAGAGGCAGUUAUUAUCCCGACUGCAGAUUGACCCAGUAAUGGUAGAGGCAAUGGAGAUGAGUCCAGAUUACUAUGACAUGGAAUCCAUGGUCCAUGCAGAUACAAGAUCAUUUAUUCUGAAGAAGCCAAAGCUGUCUGAGGAAAUAGUAGUGACACCAAACCAGGAGUCGGGAAUGAAGACUGCAGAUGCCCUUCGGGUACUUUCAGGACACCUUAUGCAGACACGAGAUCUUGUACAACCAGAUAAACCUGCAAGUCCCAAGUUUAUAGUGACGCUGGAUGGUGUCCCCAGCCCCCCAGGAUACAUGUCAGAUCAAGAGGAGGAGAUGUGCUUUGAAGGAAUGAAAUCCGUAAACCAAACUGCAGCCUCAAACAAGGGACUCAGAGGUCUCCUCCACCCUCAGCAGUUGCAUUUGAUGAGCAGGCAGCUUGAGGACCCAGAUGGUAGCUUUUCUAACGCUGAGAUGACUGACCUGAGUGUGGCACAAAAACCAGAAAAGCUUCUGGAGCGUUGCAAGUACUGGCCUGCUUGUAAAAAUGGGGAUGAGUGUGUAUACCAUCAUCCCAUUUCACCUUGCAAAGCCUUUCCCAAUUGUAAAUUUGCUGAAAAAUGUUUGUUUGUGCAUCCAAACUGUAAAUAUGAUGCAAAGUGUACUAAAGCAGAUUGCCCCUUCACACACAUCAGUAGAAGAGUUCCAGUACUGACUUCAAAACCAGUAGUCUCAUCACCAGCACCAUCUUCUAAUGGUCAGCUCUGCCGUUACUUCCCAGCUUGUAAGAAAAUGGAAUGUCCCUUCUACCACCCAAAACACUGUAGGUUUAAUACUCAGUGUACAAGACCAGACUGCACGUUUUACCAUCCCACGAUUACUGUACCACCAAGACAUGCCUUGAAAUGGAUUCGACCUCAAACUAGCGAAUGAUGCCAUAGUCCUACCUGGCAAGAAGAUCAUGGAGUUUGAAAGCUUCCAUCUUCUAUGAGAGAUACUCUACAGAACUUGUCACGUCUUUGAAAUUUAGAAUAUAUUGCUUUCAUAAUAUGAAUUUUAUUGCCUAACUGAAGUGUCUAAUUUUUCAAGUUUGUAAGUUUAUUAAGUGGUUUCAACAUUUUUUGUUUGUUUGUUUUGACGAUGAAAAAGACAGUUUUGACUAUGACGGAGACAGUUUGAAGAAAGCCAAAGUCUAUUAAAACAUUUACGGCAUGUUUGUACAUUGCUGUUUAACAUCAUUUUUGGUAAUGGUCCUGUAGCUUAAGGCUGUAGUGCCCGUUUGAAGGCCAUUGUCCUCACAACUGAAUCACUUUUCUCCCAAAGAUGAUGCAGCGUUUUCUCACUGGGUUACAAAUAUUGCAUCAUCUUUGAGGAAAUAGGAGUGGCCAAAAUACUAAGGCAGGUUUGAACAACUAAUUUAAAUUUUGUUUUUAAUGUCUGAAUCAAUUUGCUUUGAAAAGCAUAAUACAGAGUCUUAGUUUAAGUGCUACUCUGGUAGAGUGGACUGAGAUCCCUUGCCUUCUGUGAAAGUAAGUAGUGACAUGGUCGUAUAGGGUAAACAUGGUUGGAAUGACAAAUGCAAAAACAUAUGAACAAUUCCUUGAAACGCUUCCAUUUACUAUUAGCAUAUAAUUUAAAAAUAAUUUUGGGGGGACUACAUUAUCACAAAGUCAUACAAAAAAUUUUACAAGUAUAUACAGAAAGUUUCAGAAAACAGACUGAACUCACAAGAGUAUAAAUAUACAUAUAUAUAUUCCAAUGUUCUGAAAAAUAUUGUCAGAAAUAACUCCACAGAAAAUAUACUUAGUUACUCCUGAAGAUCAUUCUUGAAAUGUAGAUUUAAGUGGUAUAUUUUAAAUGACAGAACUAUAUAUAAUUACAGAAAUCAAAUGGGUAAACGUCACAAUAAGAUGAAACUUGGCCACUGUAUUAAGUUUUAUGUGUGUGGUUUUUGAAGCUGUUAAGGCAAGAAGUGUCAAAUGUUUUAAAUAACAGACAACUGAUUUUUCAAAGACUUGAUGUUUUAAAAAUUAAAGUGUAAGAGGUGGUUAGUAAAAGGGAUAAUAAAAGCUCAAACAUUUUCAGGACCAAAUUUAAACUGUUAAGUUACAUAAAGGAUGGAUAAUAAAGUCACGCCUAUAAAAGUCUAACACUGUGAAGCCAGCCCUUCUACUGCUGUGGUCAUUGCCUUUCCAUUGAAAGAUAAAAGCAUUGAGCUAAUUAUUCCACCACUUCAUAAGUUGGCCUUGGCCAUGCUAAUCCCAUAGAGUAAAGAUCAGAAAGAGCAAAAGGACAAAGGAGACAAGGGCCUAAAGCUGCUUGCUGCAAAGGGUCAGGUGAGGUGGCAAUUCUUCAUUCUGUAAGUGCAUUCCAUUAAAUUUAAGGCAUUCAUUCUAGCAUUGCAUCUCAUCUGAAAAAUUUUGUUGAAAAUUGUGUGAAUUUCCAGAACUAUGCUUUUUAACUAUCACUUUCUAAAAAUGUGCAUUGAUGUGUUCUCAUAACUGUCCAGUAAGGACCAGAAAUGGGGGGCAGGUUAACUGGUUUAGCUUUUUAUAAGAAAAGAACAUGUGACAACCCAAUUACUUUCUGUUAUUUAGUAGACAGUGACCGUAAACAAUUAAAAAGUGGUUUUUUUUUUUUAAGGUAGAGUCUCACAUAUUUCAGACUAUCCUCAAACGCACUAUGUAGGCAAGAAUGACUGUGAAUUUCUGAUUCUGUGCUUACACCUGGGAUUAUAGACAUGCCCCAUUUAAUAUGUGGUGCUAGGGAUUAAAUCCAGGGCUUUACAAAUUUAGGUACACACUCUACCAACUGAAGUACAUGCUCUAGCCCCACAUUUGAAUGGUUUGUUGUUCAAGACUGUGGUUUAUAGACAGGCUUACUCUGACCCUAAAACAAUUAACUGGAGUACUUGUUCUAAAUGAAACCACACAAGAAAUCACAGAGAGAGAGAGUGGACAUGGUUGAUGAUGAUGCAGAGUAGGGAGUGUGCUGUGUGCUUUGGCAUGCAUUUACAUAGGAAGCAAGUGGGAUGACAACAACUGGUGGCAGUCUUGGGCUAUAAAUUCUGAUAAUGCAAGUACACACCAUAAUUCCCUGGAUUUAAAAACUAUAGGGCAGAUUGAAUGUGAUUCGUCAUCCUUUUCACAGUUGGUGGUUAAUCCAGCAAGGACUGCCACUUUGGGGGACAAAAAUAGAAAGGAAGCGGUUUUUUCUUUAUGGUUUACUUGUUUAACAUUAUGGACUUUUAUAGAACUGAAAUUUUUCUGUAACUAAAAGCUGGCAAGCUGUCCAGAGGGGAAACCUUAGAACUAUAAUAUAUACCAUGCUUAAAUUUGAAGGUGGUUUUCUUUUUACAUGAAUUCUUUAAUUUAUUGACUCCCAUUUUAUGUAAUAACCAGUGUAUUCUAAAACUUGAUCUAAUAUAGAUGGACCAUUUGGCAUGAGCAGUGGAAGAGCUUAUGCCUUAAGGUUCUUGAAGUUUCUUCAUCAGCCUUCAGCUUUAAAACUUGCCCAGCUCCAAGCACUGCUUAGACAAAAGUUCUCUGAUGCAGUGUGUUCAUUCUGGUUUUAAUAUUCACAAUUUUUGAGCCAUAGAAAACAUAGCAAACCAAACAGGAUUUCAGAGGCUUGGGGUAGGGAAUCUAUGCUACAGAGAUAAUUUACACAGUAAAAUAAAAAUGGAAACAACCAGUAGAGCAUCCUCGGUGUCGUCACAUGUAGAAAAAUAAGUUUUACACGGCAGUCUACUGGAGUUCUCAUGUUGAAGAAACUAGCGAGGCUAAACAGCAGA